CCAGAGUGCUGCGCAUCAUGACCAUGAUGCGAAUGCGAAGCACAAGAGGGAAGGGAGUACGGGUCGCAGAGCACGAUGAGUCUGCAAGGAGUCUAAAUCGAGGAUGCAACCAAAGCAGCGCAUCGAGUGGCACGAGCUGAGGAUCACCAAGUCAACCAGAAGAGUAGACAGGGAAUACUUCAAGAAGGGGAGGAUUCGUUUAUCGCCAAUAAACAAUGCAACUCCGGCUCUGUGGUUCUAGAUUCGGUGCCUUGUCUGCCGUGGUGGCUUCCUCUGGGCCCCGCCUCGUCCCUUUGUCUCACCUUAUAAUAAGGGCUCCCCUACUUCACUGUCACCCGCCUCAGCCUCUCGUGUCUAGCUCAAUAUUCCUUUCUUGCCUUGCCCUUCUCUCCCUUCUUCCUUUCCUGGGAUCGAGUGGACUACCCCUUUCCCAGCACAGGUUUCACCCCUUCGAUCGGCAUCCGAGGUUCGCCGUGGACAACGUCGGACGAGGUUUUUUUCUGCCAUGAGUUUUGUAGACGCCUUGCAAUUCAAGCAGACUCUAUUAUGCGGCUGCCGCGGACACUACGUGGUUUGUUGUGCUUCAGUCUGGUUGGAUUGUAGGCCUCCGCAAAACUUCAUGACCAUCGCAACUACUGGCUCACGUCGAAGAUAUUAUCUUAAGUCGUGGUCUUCGAAAAGCCUUUGCAUAACAAUCCCGCAUGAUCAUUUAUGUUUCAUCGAUUGCGUCGCAUAUUUCUCUGCUGAAGAAGUUCGGUAAGUCUAGAUUGAAUGACGUAAGAACGAAUUUGGCGUGAGCGUGGAGUUGAAGCUGUUAUGUGGUUACGAUUGGCUCCGUCCAUCCUGCACAUGUUAUGAAAAAUUUGAGAAGCAAAUCGAGGGAGGGCUUUCUCCAUCCGCCGACAGGUUCUUGCGCGAUGAAACUCACCCUCUCCUCCCUUGUCUUGUUGUCAACCGCAUGCUUGAAACCUUCCAAUAUAUGUAUUCCCUCAAAGUUUCGUCGCGUCCGAUGCUCUGUCAUACUCCUGAUCAUUGCAGCACAUGAUUUAUCGGAGAAAGCAUCUGCUGUCUCGAAAUAUUGCACCAGGCUAAUCGAACUCUGAAGUUAGGCGUGUAGGUACCUUAAAUUAGCUGAAUUUUGUAGACAGAUCAUGCCUCGACAUCACCAUGUGGUCUCUCAGGGUUGCUGCCGAAUUAAUACCUAUACGUAAUAAAUCUAAGCAUAAUUUAAGCGACUACUGUUCCGGAGGUCAUUGCUCACAAAAUAUUCUGUCAGAGGCAUUAAUUUCUUCUUCAUUUUUGUAAAGGUUAAGGAUUCUGCGUAUAUCGACAGAGUAGCUUUAUUAUCUAUUGUUGUCUGAAUGACCCUCAAUGGAGUUUUUCUUCGGGUUAUCGUUCCAACGUACCCACGCCAAGUUGAAGUGAGCAAAACGCAAUUAUUAAUCAACUUUCGGUAAUUGAGUGCCGUACUUGAGCAGAAUCAAUACAGCUCGUACAGGAGCAUAAUAAUGUGCACGAGAUAAACCUCGUCCAAUACACUGAACGAACUAGUUGUGAUGUAAUUGUGUUACAUCUCUAUUCAAAUCCACAUUCGUUAAGUUUUUGCUAAUCUCAGAACUUAUCUUACUUCUGAAGUAUGCAGAUUCUGUUAUCUCAUACGCGCUGACAACCAGGCUGUUGGCAUAUCAUGACAUUCCAUAGAAGGAAUUGCACAGAAGUUGAUUCACAUGAUGCUGUUGAUUCCAACUCUUGAAGAGGACUAAUGAUAGGUAAGACGUUCAGUGUGGAGCACGUUGAUCUGGUCCGACGCUCGUCGUUGCAAUUUAACUACACCUGGAGGUGUACGGUCAGGUUCUUCAAGGAACUCACCAUCCAUAACCACCCUGGCUGUGUGUUGCUGGUAACAGCUGACCUAGCAACUUGGAAACAACAAACACGUUAGGUACUACUUGCGAACCCGUUGAUGUCUUUUACCAUUAUUUAGUUGGUUUGAGCGAGAUUUCAUCAUUCAGAACCAAUCCUUAACAGUUAAGACAGUAACCUAUAUAGGGAUUGAAUCGACUCCACCUCGAGAUGUAACGCUUCGGGGCUGCUUCACCCGCACAUGUUACUUCACUUUCACUCGAACGCAGUUAGAUUGUGAUAUACCAACCGUUAGAGGAAGGUUGUUUCAUUCAGGCUAACCAGGUGGAGCUUCUCUAUCUUUAUGGAAGUCUCAGGAACUAUUGAAUGCUUAGCUAGCAUAUGCAUGGCGCGUGUACAUUGAACCAUCUUCCAACGACUUUCCGAUCUUCAUUGCACCUUUUGGACGCCAAGAUGCCUACUCAGUGCAACUUCAUACUCUUGUCACCGAAGUUGCCGCCAGUUUCCUCCAGGCCAUUAGCUUCUUCAGUUUCGCCGGCUUGAAUGUUGCAACCACCAAAUAUGACUCUGGACGUGGUGGAGUUGUUUUAUAUUCAGGAUAAAAAUACAAGUUGGAAACGUCAGUUCAGAUACAUCUUUCUGCUGUUUCGAAGGCGAGAUCGUAAAACUUCGGAAUACAACUGGUUACACUUGAAGUCGUGCAGCUCAACCAACAGUAGGCAUGUCUUUCUUGCCACGAAUUGAGUUCUUGUUGAUAUUUUCUGAUGAGUCCACAAAAUAAGCUUGCCUUCAUUCAAUGUUGAACGCUGGGCAAACAAUAUGAGAUAGUCCUCCGAAUAGAUAGCAUAAUAGAUGUGAAUUGCUCGUUGAAUGCAUCAAUAUCAGACGGACGAAAACGAAGACGAAGAUAAUAUGCUGGAAACAAACUAACCGAAUCUUUCACAUGAAGUUUCUCAUCGUGUUAAGGAACGGCUGAAUUGCAAUCCCCCUACAGAAAUUCACUGUCAGAUUACAGGCCAAACCCUUCUAGUACAUCAAACUGCAGACAAGCAAAAAAGGAACAACGGAACAACAGCAAAACUGUAUGAAUUCCCUGAGAUGUCGAAAAAUGAGGAGCCUCUGGAGCUCAUCUUUAACAAGAAGAAAAAAACUGACAGACACAACUCCACAACUCCCUCGAUUGAAAUACGGAAUUUUCCGAACAAUAUGAAUGAUUACAAGGUGGCAUGGCGGGGCUCCGACGAAGAAAUUGACAAGUCUCAGCGAGUUCCGUUAACUGAAACGACUGCUCCUCUUGUGGCCCUUUGGAUUCCACCAGAGUUUUUGGAGCACUCGUUUCCAAACUCUAAGACGUUCAUUAAGUCUGCAAUGGAACUGAAGAAUGAGGUUGUGCAAGCAACAUGGAUUAGGAAUGGUCCAAGAGUGAAAGAUCCAACCAUGUACACUGGGGUCCUCGGAACGGCCUUUCUAUGCUUCAAAGCGUACCUCGCCACUGGAAGUCCACAAGAUCUUGCGCUCUUCACCGAAAUUGUGGAUUCCUGUUGCGCGGCUGCUCCGACUCACCCAGACAACGUCACAUUUUUGCGAGGGCAGGCUGGAAUCUAUGCCAUGGGAGCGGUUGCUGCGAAAAUCGGCGAUGACAAGACUCGUCGUGAUUUCUUCUUGGAUCAUUUCAAGCGGAUUGGUGGCCGAAGAGUGUUAUCCAUGGGCCCUGUUGAUGAAGGAUCCAGCCUGCCAUGUGAGCUCCUCAACGGACGUGUCGGAUUUUUGUAUGCUGCACUUUUCAUUAACAAAUACAUCAGCGAGGAAAUGGUUCUGUGGAGUAUGACGGGACCUGUGGUUGACGCAGUACUGGCUUCGGGGCGUGCUCAUGCCACACCCGAAUGUCCUCUAAUGUAUCCAUGGAAGUCGCGCAGAUACUUUGGUGCAUCUCAUGGGCUGGCAGGUAUUAUCCAAAUUCUCCUGCACUUUCCUUUGACGGAGCAAGAUAAUAAGGACAUCAAAGGUACGCUACACUACAUUGUGAAGAAGCGGUAUUCCCGCGGUAAUUACAGGGUCAGUGUAGAGGACGAAAGGGGCGACCGACUCGUACACUGGUGCCAAGGAGCACCUGGAAUCACGAUGACGCUCUGCAAAGCACUAGAGGUGUUUCCCGUGGACAAUUGCUUGGGGGAGGCGGCAGAGGCAGCGGCGGAUGUGGUGUGGGAGAGGGGACUGUUGAGAAGGCUGGGAAUCUGCCACGGCGUCAGUGGCAACACCUACGUGUUUCUGGCGAUGUACAGGAGCAUCGGAGGGAAGAAGCACCUGUUCCGCGCUCGUCAGUUCGCAGGAUGGCUGCACAAACACGCGAAGCGACUGCUGUCGACUGGGGAGAUGCACGGCGGAGACCAUCGCCACUCGCUGUUUGAAGGUCUUGCGGGCACCGCGUGCUCCUGAAGGAAAGUUGAGCAACACAACGUGCUCAAAUACAGUCGAAGAGGCGUACAAAAAAUGCAUUUGAAAAAGUGUAUACAGUGGCUCCAGGUAUUUGAUUUAUCUUUUCAUGACAUAUCUGAAGAAACUAACACACUUCACAAAUUCUCAAUGUCUUGUACAUGAGACCAUAUGCUCUGAUAGUCAACGUUUUAUCAAAACAAAUCUUCAUGUAAUAAUACUACAGUUAAGAGGAGAUAGUGAAACUGGAAUAUAUUUUUAAAAUAUCAUACAUCUAAAUGUUGUUUGUCCAUCUUAUUUUAAGUUCUACCAACUUCAAUAAAUAAAAAUAAAAAUAAAAAAUAAAUUAGUGCGAUAAAAUAAUCAAAUAUAUAUAUAUAUAUAUAUAUAAAGUUGCUAAAGCAACACCUUCAUAUUA